AUGGCAGGAAAGACUCAUGACUUCGAGUCGCUGUAUCGCAAGACAGCUUUGACCGAAGCUCGCCAAAUUUGGUGGGCGGUAUCGACGGUGAUGACUCGUCAAAACAGCGUGCCAGGGGAAGAUGGAAGACCGAGCCUGGCCCUCAUCCCUUUCUAUGACAUGGCCAAUCACGCCAAUGGACCGUUUUCUUCGGGCUGGAACGCGGAGAAGCGUUGGUGCGAGUGCCUGUGUCCCCGAGACGUGAAGGCCGGGGAACAAGUGUUCAUCUUCUACGGGGUCCGAAGCAACGGGGAAUUCCUCGUCCACAACGGUUUCGUGUACCCGGAGAACGAGGAAGACGUAGUGGCGUUGAGACUGGGACUGGGACGCUCGGGCUCGGACCCGGGCGUGGAGAGGAAAUUACGUAUCCUCUCACGUCUCGGCAUGGCUUCGCCGCACACCUUCUCGCUCUCUCCCCGUCGCCACCCGUUCGAGUCCGGGGAUCUCCUCGCGUUCUUGCGCCUCUUCCACCUCACUCCCGUGGAGGUGAGUAAGUUUGAGGGGAAUGAGGAGAAACUGAGGGAACCUGGAAUGUUCUCACAAGAACUGGAUUCCAAAUGCAAGGAGUUCCUGCAAAACCGAAUCAGCCUUCUCCUUCGUGCUUAUCCCAGGUCACUUCAGGAAGAUGAGGGACUCUUGAGCUCAGGGGAUUCUUUGAGUCAUCGAGGGAGACUGGCAGUGAGUCUAACCAUGACUGAAAAGAAGAUCUUUAAUUGCCUUCUCCAGCAUCUCAAUGACUCUUGAAGUGCCUUGAAUAUGUCCAAUUGUUAAUGUUCUUUGCUACUCAUUGAAGAACUUUUAUAUUUAUAUCCAACAUCCUGUGCCUCUGAGCUCAUAUUUAUAUGAUUCAUUAUUUGAGAAAUCUCAUGGUAUUCUGGAUGUGUUACUGUCUCUGUUGAGGGCACUCUUACUUGUGAAGCUUUGUUUAUAUGCAUAUUUUAGGCUUUGCCUUUUAGCUGGGUAGAAGACAUUGGGAUAUCAGAGGCAUCUUUGACUCAGCAACAUGUCAAGAAUGCUCAAGAGGGUGCCAUUCCAUUUUUAAGUAAUUGAAUUGGUCCCUCUCAAAGGGCCCUAUCUGUGCUGCUUGAGACAGCAUGAUUGUGUACAUGAUUAUGCUUGUCUGCAUGCUCUCUGCAUACUCCUACCUCUACUGACAAACUUAGGUGCAAAUGGAAUUUCAGUAUUGUUACAUUAUUGUCCCUUGUGUUGGAACUAAUUGAUUGCCAUUAACAGAAGUCCAUUCAAAGUUUUCCUUGCCUCAUUUGCUGUUUUCAUCCUAUAAUCUAGUGGUUGUGCUCAUGUUUUGUGCAAUUGGUGAUGCUUUCAUAUGUGAGUGAGCUGAAAAACUAGGGAUAACAGCCAAGUAAGGUUAGUCAUUCUUAACCCUUUCACCAAUGAGUUAUACUUGGGACCAUGGCUGAGAGUGAUGAUGAAAAACAAGUAUACUUGGGAGCUGCAGUGAAAGGGUUAAACAAUGAUUUCAAUACUUGCUGAUUUAUGCUUGAAAGUGAAGUUUUUUAAUACAGAAUGUGGUAUAACUAGUCUUCUAGGACAGACAUCACUUCGUAAAAGUUGUCUACCUUUAAAAAUUGAAGACAGGGCCAAUAAUAUUCUCAUUGACGAAAAAAUAACACCAAGUGGAAGUUGAGCAAUAAAGUUUGUACCCAAACUCAAAACUAGGUGUGAUGAAAUAAAUUUCAGUUGCUGAGUUGUGAGAUGAUUCUUUGCAGGAAAAACUACAAGUUGCCCUAAUGUAAAGGGAGUGGGAGAGUUGGAUCCCCUUAAUCACCAAAAGGACACACCCAGAAUAAGUUUUUCAUUGAAAUGGGAGAACAAGAACUCCUAUUGUGUUAGGGAAAAUCAAGUGGCUUCAAGUUCAUGCAAUGAAGUACUGUGAGAAAAACUUGCCAAAUCCCUAAGGCUUGGGUGAAGAAGGUAGUUGUGAUGAUGAUGCCAGUUUCAUUCUCUUCUUCACUCAAACCACUCAAUGUAUCUGAAAGCAACUUCUUCUCAAUCAUUUGGUUGAGGUUGGUCAGUUGGGAUGAUGGAUA